AUGGGCAUUUUUCGUUUUGGAAAUGCUGAAUAUUCAACACAUUUUUUUGUUGGAACAAUUUUUAUGUUUUUAAGUACAUUAUGUUGUAUAUCAGCAUUUGCAUCACCUUAUUGGACAAAACGUUAUCUCGAUACACCAAAAGAUUUUCAAAAUAUUGGUUUAUGGGAAUUAUGUUUAUAUAAAUAUCGUCAUUAUAAAGAUGAUUUACAAAUUCCAUAUACUGGUUGUUUUUGGUUUUGGACAAAUGAAAUGUAUCGUUUUCGUGAUUGGAUUAUUCCACCUUGGUUUAAAUGGGUACAAGCAUUUGCAACGCUAGGAUUUAUCUUUACUAUAGCAACGAUUUCAAGUUUAGCUGUGGCAGUUUUUUCAGCAUUUCGUUGGCAAUGGCGAUAUCAAUUAAUCUGGUCUAUUCUAUCAUUUGUUAUUUUCGCAUGUGAAUUAAUUUCUUUGUGUAUCUAUGGUGUUUAUAGUCAAGAUCGUCUUUGGAUGCCACGACCUGAAUUUAAUUAUUUGUCAUAUAGUUAUUGGAUUGAAGCUGCUGCGCUUAUUUUUGCUUUGGGUGCUUGUACAUUAUUCGCUGCUGACAUUCAAUUUUUACGUGAACCAUAUGAUGAUUAUAUUGAUGACAAACAUUAUCAUGAUGCACUUCCUUAUUCACCAUCAAAUGGUUCUCAUCUUCAAUUAACUCAAGGACGUAAUCGUUUUUCGCAAUACGAAGUAUAA